AAGAACUGUAUGACAAUGAAGACACUUCAAGAGAGUAGGACCCAAAGGAGACAACUCACAUUAAUAGAUGUACAGGGAGAGAGAGAGGUCUGGUUCAAUGGCUAUAAGCUUGGCCACAUCAAAGAAAACACCCACAAUUUUCCAUCCAUCACCAUGAAUAUGUAUAAAACCCAUCCAUCUAUUCCCUUAUCUCCAAAAAAGAUGAGGUGGAUCCAAGGUUGGGAUUUCUUGUUGGUUUUUGGCCUUUCAAUUAGAUAUCCAUGGAUAAGCAAGCAAACAAUAUUUAACCUUAUAAACUCUCCAAAUAUCUUGCAAGUUUUGCACUAUUUUUGUGUCCUUUUGCUUUCUUGUAUUCUUCCUUCUUAUUUCCAUUUUGCUUCUCUGUUAGUUUUGUCCAUUUCUAUACUAGAAGAAAUGAACCGUAGCCCCCACUCAAUCCCUUGUUUGCAUUGCCACCCACAUAGCUACAUUAGAAUGGUUCAACAUCUUAUAGAGAGGUGCUUGCUUCUUCACAUGAGCAGAGAGCAGUGCAUUAAGGCCCUGGCAAAGCAUGCAAACAUUAGGCCACGCAUAACACUUACAGUGUGGAGAGAACUGCAGAGACAGAAUUGGAACUUCUUUCAAGCAUAUUUCCACACUAUUUCUCCCAGGCCUUUCAUGGGUAGACAUGUGGUAAGGGAAGCAAGGUUGACAAGAAGGAACACAUGGAGGUGAAUGAAGAGAAAUAAGAGACUGUUGGAACCCAUAAAUGCAUAUAGACUAGGGUUUCCAAGAUGCCUAUAUAUAUCCUAGACCACAGUAGACAAUUGUACCUACUACCUAGUGAAUAAUUUGGUCAUCUUAUUGUCCCUCACAACAUGUUUUUAGAAGUUAAUAAUACAAUAAUCAGGAAUUCAUAUUUAUUAUACAAAUAUUGUUUUGGUGAC